GGGGGCUCUGUGAGGCUGGCGGGGGUGGGCGGGCGCGCAGCCGCCGACCCCUGGUGGUCCCCCGGGCUUGGGCCCUUUCCGGAGGAGUCGGCUACAGGCGGGGAGGGAAUUGCUGGGAGGCUGAGAGCUGCUCGGCCGCGAGUCCUGUGGGGUCGCGAGCAUGUGGUUUUGGCCAAAUUGGGCGAGGGCACAAAAUAACCACUUACCCCUUCUCACCGAGGAAGAACGGGAGAAAGGGCAAAAUUCCUUUAAAUUAAAGUUGGAGGUGAAGUCUUGGAUGAAGCUAUUUGGAAAUGAUCCCUUACCUACAACAACUUGGGUGUCACAUAGGCAUUGACACCCUUUCUUCAUGUGUUCCUCAUUUCAAGUGUAUGGCACAGUCAAAAGGCUGGGUGAGAAGAUACUUCAAGGCUUUCUGUAAAGGCUUUUUUGUAGCGGUGCCCGUGGCCGUGACUUUCCUGGAUCGGGUGGCCUGUGUGGCCAGAGUGGAGGGAGCGUCAAUGCAGCCUUCUUUGAAUCCUGGGGGGAGCCAAUCAUCUGAUGUAGUGCUUUUGAACCACUGGAAAGUGAGGAAUUUUGAAGUACAACGUGGUGACAUUGUGUCAUUGGUGUUGUGAUACUUGUUCCAGACUUUUGACUUUGCAAGACUGUGAUGUGAUCCCAGAGGACCAGUGUCACUUCCUCAACUGAGGCCAUGCAGCAGAGAAUGCUUGAGGUAUCUAUAUAUCUAUGAAUAUCGUGAUAUUUUCCCCUUGAAAGUAAGUUUUACCUUAAUGUUUUUUUUUCCCCAAAGUCCUAUUGAAAUAAUUACUUUCAUUAUAUUCUAGUUACUGUAAUUUUUUUGAUAAGGAUGGAGGCAUUGCUUAGUCACAUUUGCAGAUUGCUGUUCAUCCUUUUGUUUCUCUUUCUCUUUAAUAUGGUCCCUGGCUGGGCAAUAAAAUCCUACGUGUAAACAGGACAUAUGCGAAUCUUCUUGCAUGGUAGCUGCAGGAGUCUUCAAAAAAAAACAAAAACAAAACCAAAAACAACCAAUAUUUAAUUCACAUAUGAGAUUCCUCUUUAGAGUACAUGCUGCUUAUGAUUAGAGACUACAUAAAUUAUUACCUUAUAAAUAAGUUUAAUACUUUAUUUUCCAGGAUACCUGCUUGCUUUUUGUCUUUUUAAAGUAGAGAAGCAUACAUUUGUUUUUCCUCUGACUCAGCUACUUUUAAAGAAUAUUCUGGCAAAACCCCACUGGUAAAGAGAUUGUAUUUGCUCCUGAAAAUGUCCAACUCUUGUUUAAUUUUCUAGUGCCUGCUUAAUUAGUGUUGCAUUUGGAAGAUUAUGUAUUCGAUAUAGAGCUCCGCAGAACAUCUACUACCUAGUAGGCAUUCAGUGAUUGUUAAUGAAUAGGGUUAACAGUUGUUUGGAUAUCACUGCUAUGUACCAGCACUGAGGACAAUCCUGUCUUCAUGUAGCUUUCAGUUUUGUGUUGAGUUAUAUAAAUAUUAAGAAUGAUUUGAGAUUUGUUAUAAUAUCUCAAUUAUUGGACAUUAUGAAAACUCUAAAAUUUGCUGAAUCCUCGUGUUUGUAUGUGUGUUUGCAUGUGUAUGUGUGUAUAACGGUAUGCUAACCUUUGCCCUCUGUCUUUGUCUCUCUUCUUCCUCAUGACACAGUCUUAUCAUUAUACACCUGUUAUUUAUAACUCUGAUAGUUCAGGACAAAGAGUGAAGUCUGUAAGUUGUUUCUUGAAUCAAUUAUGGUCCAAAUAGUUUUGCCUUUGGACUGUACUUUUCCUCCUUUAUGACCUGUAGUGAACAGAAUUUGUUUGCUCAUGGCUGACUCUCAUCACUGAUCAGUUUAUAGCCCCUCUUUUAGUUUAGUUUAUUACUUAUUUUCCUCCUGUUUUCAUUCCUCUCUCUUCAUUAAGUAUUGAUGUAAAGUAUUUAAUGGAUAUCCCUACAAUUUGCUCUCCAUCAGCUUAUUGAGAUAUAUGUGUAUCCUUGAAAAAGGAUUAUUUGGUUUUAUUUUUUGUAUUGUUUAACCUCAUAUAGCAUUUUUCGCAUCCCAGAUACGGUUUUAAGCUUUGGUCAACAUUAAUUCAUUUAAUCCUCACAGCAACCCUGUGAGGUAGGUACUGUUAUCCCUGUUGGCACAAAAAGGUUGAAUAAUUUACUUAAUGGUACAUAACUCAUAGGUGUGGAGCCCGGAUUUCAACGUGCACCCUUUAGCUCUAGAGUCUACACCUUUAACUAUGAUUAGCUGCCUCUCCAUGAAUACCAAGUAUUGUGCUAUAAAUCCUAUUUGGUUCUUUCCCUUUUGUUCAUGUUGCCACGUGUACAUCAAGUUCAUGACCUCUAAUUGCUACCUGAUACUCUGUUGUGAUACCACAUUUUACAAACAUCAACUUUACUGAGGUAUAAUAUACACACAAUAAAAUAAACUUGUGUUAAAUAUAUAAUUUCCUGGGUUUUGGCGAAGGUAUACAUACCUGUAACUAGCAACACAAUCAAUACAUAGAACAUUUUCUUCCCCUUGAGAUACACGUUGGAGUCCCGUGCCACCUCAGUCCUACCCCAGGCCCAAGAAACCAUUGAUCUUUCUGUCACAAUGGGUUAGGGAGUUUUGUUUGUUUGUUUGUUUUUGGUUUUUUUUACUAGAUUUUGCAUAAGUGGAAUCAAAUAGUAUGUGCUCUUUAAGCUGGCUUCUUUUGCUCAGCGUGUUUUUGAGAUACAUUUAUGCUAUUGCUUGAAUUAGUAGUUCAUUUGUCUUUAUUACUAUGCAAUUUUCCAUUGAAUGGAUGUACCACAGUUUGUUUAUCCAUUCAUCUGUUGAUGGACAUUUGGAUUGUUUCUAGUUUUUGGCUAUGGUGAAUAAAGCUGGAAAGAAUAUUUGUACACAAGGCUUUAUAUGUUUUCUUUUUCGGGGGGAAAAUGCCUAGGAAUGGACUUUCUGGGUCUUAUGAUAAAUGUAUGUUUAACUGAUAAAAAAACUUACAAAAUGUUUUACAAUGUUCUUGUGUCAUUUUACACUUUCACUAGUAAUGAGUAAGAGUUUGAGUACCUUCACAUUCUUGGCAACUCUUGGGAUUGUUUGUCUCUUUUUAAAUAGCUUUUUCUUUUGGAAUAAUUAUAGAAUGAUAGCUGCAAAAAUAAUACAGGAAUUUCCUAUAUACUCUUAACCUAGUUUACCACUAUGGUAAUAUCUUGUGUAACCUUAGUACAGUGUCAAACCCAAGCCAGUGACAUGGAUGUAAUUCACAGAGCUUAUUUAGAUUUCACUAGUUUUAUACACACUGAUUUCUAUGUACGUGUAUAUGUAGUUCUAUGGAAUUUUAUCAUGUUGAGAUUCAUGUAACCACCACCAUAAUCAAGAUCUAGAACUGUCCCAUCACCACAAAGAUUCCUCAUGUUAGCCUAUUACAUUCACACAUCCCUCUUGGCUCCCUUCCCUCACCUCUUGCUGCUUCCUUUGUGAAGCCCUUGGCAAACAGUCUCUUCACCAUCUCUGUAAUUUUUCAUUUCAAGAAUGUUAUAUAAAUGGAAUCAGACAGUAUAUAAUCUCUUGAGGUUGGCUUUUCUUUAUUCAGCAUAAUUCCCUUAAUAUCCAUCCAAGGUAUUGUCUUAUGUGUGUCAUUAGUUCUUUCCUUUAAAUUACUGGGUGACAUGGAUAUAGCACCAUUUGUUUAACUAUUUACCCAUUGAAAGACAUUAGGAUUGUUUCCAUUUUUCACUGUUACAAACAUGGCUGCUGUGAACUGGAGUGUACAUGCUUUUUUGCAGACAUAGAUUUUACUUUCUCUGGGAUAAACGCCCAGUAGUGUAUGUUAACUUUUCUUUUUUUCUUUUUAAAGAAACUGCCAAACUAUUUUCCAGAAUGGUUGUGUCUUUUUGCAUUCCCACCAGCAAUGUAUGAUUUAUCCAGUUUCUCUGCAUCCUUGCCAGCAUUUGGCAUUGCCAUUAUUUUUUAUUUUAGCCACUCUAAUAGUUGUGUAAUAAUAUCACAUUUUGGUUUUAAUUUGCACUUCCUUAAUGGCUAAUGGUGUUGAACAUCUUUGCAUGUGCUUAUUUGCCAUCUGCAUAUCCUCUCUGGAGAAAUGUCUGUUCAUGUGUUCUAUUGCCAACUUUGAAUCUUAUCCAUUCUACUGGAGUGCAUUGGUAUCGCACUGUGGUUUUCAUGGUUUUUUUUUUCCCCUGAUAAAUUCAGAUGUGAGCAUCUUUUCAAGUCUCUAUUGGUCAUUCUUAUGUAUUUGUGAAGUGUCCAUCCAGAAUUUUUUUGCACAUUUUUAUUUGUCUUAGAGAGUUAUGAGAGUUAUAAAAGUGAUUUCUCCUGGAUACCAGUGCCUUGUCAGAUACAUGUUUUGUAAAUGUUUUCCUCUGUUGUAUGGCUGGCCUUUUUCAUUUUUUACAUAAUUUCUUUAGAGGAGUAGUUUCUAAUUUUGAUGAAUUUAAAUUUGUCCAUUUUUUCUUUUAUUGUUAGUGCUUUUAAUUUUUUUUUUUUUUUUUUUUUUAGUUUGAGAGAGAGAGACAGAGACAGAGACAGAGACAGAGAGAGAGAAUCUUAAGUAGGCUCCAUGCCUAGUGGGGAACCCAACAUGGGACUCCGUCCCAGGACUCUGGGAUCAUGACCUGAGCCAAAAUCAAGAGUCAGAUGCUCAACUGAUUGAGCCAUCCAGGAGCCCCUAUUAUUAGUGCUCUUUUACAUCCUUCUAACAAAUCUUUGUCUACUUAGAAGCCAUGAACAUUUUCUCCUAGAAAUUUUAUAGUUGUAGGUUUUAUAUUUAGGUCUAAGGUCUAAAGAUCCAUUUGGAAUUAAUUUUUGUUCAUGUGCCACAUUUUAAUCUAAUUCCCUAGUGAAUUAAAUAGUUACUAGGUUUACUAGCAUAAAUAACAGUGUCGACACAUUAUCACACAUGGCUUCAUGGGGCUAUGUAGAAAAGUAUCUCACACAGUAUAUGCAAACUGUUAUCCACAAUAGUUAUGCACAUUUAUAUUCCUGCUAGCAUGGCAGAAAAGUUCCUGUUUACUUUAUUUUGACUUCUUAUAAAUAAUUAUUUACUAAGGUUUCCUUCUAUUCACUUGCUCACAAACUCUGAUUUCAUAUUAUGUUGAUCUCAGCAUGCUUUUCUGUGACAGUCUUGUGGCUCUUUCCCAUUGUAGUUAUUCUAAUAUUUUGUGGAUGGGAAAAUCAGUACUCUUACUUUGAACUGUGUCUAAAUUAUGAGUACAGAGGAUGAAUGAGGAUGAGUGUGAAGGCCUUAGGGCUACACCAUUGGUUCAGUAUGUAGGCAUUAUGAUAUGUAUUUUGCCAACUUGACCAUUCUUUGAUCUCCUUUUUGGUUCUCAUCUUUGGUCCUUAUUUUCCAUGAUGUUGAAUUGGUGACCCCAGGUAAGUAAGAUAUUAAUACAUAUAAUUAAGUGCCAAAUUGUGUGAAGAUAAUAUUCUAAUAUAGUUAUGAAUGCCAUAUAAUUUUAGGUGAAAAUAUAUAUGAGCAGAUGGUGAUGUGAGCAAUAACUUUGGUACCUCAAUACAGGUCACACCUUAAAAGUCUCUUAUCUAGUAAAGGACAAAACCAUCAUGUUAUAAAUAUGCCACAAACGGCUGUAAUAUGCAAUUUGAAACUUCAUGUAUUAUAAGAAAAACUUGUAUUGAACAGAUGUUUAAAGUCUUAAGGGCAGCAGUAUAAACUAGUUAAAUUUACAUAAUGAUUUUAUAGGCUAAAAUAUUAGUUAUCUUCUCACUGAAAAGUCCAUUCAUUGUUACAUAACACUUAGCUGGGGUAAGAAAUACCUGUACUAAUCUUUACCCUGAAGUUCUGACAAAAUUGUGUAUGAAAAUAAAAUACUCCUUUUUUGUAGUUUUCUUUGCUAAGUGCUUUCAAUAUUAAUAUUAGUUAUUAGUUAUGAGUUAUAUCCAGGGAAGCUGUUUUUUGCAUUAAAUGUGGCUUGCAUUGGGUGAACAUUAUUUUACAGUAUCAGCAAUGUAGUUUGAGUCUGUCCUUGACAGUUUUGGUAUCAAAACUGGAAUAUACUGAGAAAUCUUGGUUCAUCUCUGGCAAGGUCUUGAUAGUUUCUUUACCAUGUUCGCAUAAAGUGUAUAUUUUUUUCCCUUCUGUUUGGUAGCUUAGUGUCUAAAUUAUAGAAAUAUCAAAAGAAAAAGAAAAAAAAAUUCAUAGAAUUAGGCUGUUACUUGCCUACAGAUUUAUGUGUAAGUUCAAACUGCUCUGUCUUGUUUAGAGAGAGAGAGAGGGAGACUUCUAUUAAACACAUUUUUUCCAACCAUGUUUUCUUGAUAGACAAGUUUUGUUUAUUUCUAAAGCCAUAUACCAUGCCUUCUGGUUGCCCACGACAGUUCAGGUUUAUGCCUAUGUUCCUGGUGUAGUUCUUGAUAGUAUCCCCUUUCACUCCCAAAGUGCAAUAUACCUUAUAAUGUACAUAUUUUUUAAAUCAGUCUACUCUCAACAUCCCUGGGCUCUUGCUGACCCUGCCACCAACUAGCCAUAUGACUAUGGGUGUAGAAAGGCAUCUCAACCUCUUUCGAGUGUCUUCAUCUAUAAAGUGAAAUAGAAUGGUAGGACUAAAUGAUCUCUGAAUAUUCUGGAAAGCUUUAAAGUUUUAUUUCCAGAUGCUUAGUCACUUCUGCUAUAACAGUGGUGUAGUGAAGUUGCUUUCCAAAAAAAGUUUAUUAUUUUCUAUUUUACUAUUUAUGGUCCUAUUCUUUUCUAUCCUAUUACAUCCUAUUAAAAGAAACUCUAGUCAUCACCUGUUAAAUUGAUUUCAUGACCAGAACUGGGUUGAGAUUCAUAUCUUGAUUCAGAUAUUCUUGAGUAUCUGUCUUAUCUGUGACACUCUGAACAGUGACUUACUUUCUGUUAGUUUCAAUUUCCUUAUCCACUUGGGUUAAAGAUGUUGUGGGGGUUAAAUGAGAUAAGCCAUAUAAAGCACUUCAUGUGGUGCCUCGUGUGUGGAAGACCUCAUGGCAUGUCCGUUAUUCUCUAUUUAUGCUAAAAACAGUAUUUUCCUCUGCAAAGAUUAUAUGGUACAGCAUAUGACUGAUUAAAAGUUUUACCACAUUAUUCAUAAAUCUGGAUAAUCACAGAUAAAAUCUGGAUAAAAUCACAGAUAAAAUUAUAUUCCUGUAGACCAGCAAUUUUGAAGUCUAUCUAUAGGUGCUUAGCCAAACAGUAGUUAUGUUUUGUGUACUCCUGUGAAGCAAGGAACUCUGGUUUUCCAGCUGAGUUAAGAUCCCCACCAGGAGGUCAAAUGUCAGGGAAGUCCACAGGGAAAAGACAGUAGUUUGGAAUUUCCUGCCCUGUUCUAGUUGGGAUUAAUUUAAAUCUUUUAAAAGAUAGACAAAUUGUAAUCUUGUUUUUUAUUUAAAAUAGUAUAUAGCCUCUUGACAUUGAAACAUGCAUGCCUUUUUUGAGACAUUGGAAUCCAAAAUUAUUUUCACAGAAAGUGAAAAGCAUCAAUACUUUCUUUUUUGUUGAAACAGCAAGGUAUUAUCUUUUCUAAAAUGAAAAGUUAAAUUUAUAUUUGAAUAAUCUUUUAUUAUAAUACUCAGAAAUAACUCGGGCAAGUGGUCACAUUCAGAUGUUUGGUUUCUGAGUUUAUUUUUGCCUCUAUCAGGUCUUCUGAGUUUCCCUUCUUUUCUUACCAGUGCACCAUUGCUUAUGUCCCAUUCUACGUGUCAUUGCUGCUGUCUGUCCUUCCUGAGACACAGGGCAUUGAGAGGUGUAUGUUGAACAUGAAGUCCUUUGACUUACUGGCAUGUCCAGCCUUGCGUCCUCCAUAUUGAGUUUUAUUCUGAAGAGGAAUGAACCUUCUUGACCUUUGCCAUUGUGCUGCGAAAGUAGUUCAAAAUGGCAAGGAUGGUUGUUCCAUAAAGAAGGUGAAAGAGUUAAGUACAUAGCAGGAUUAUGAUAGAGUUCAUAUCACUCUGUCAUAUUCUUUCCAUUGUUAACUGAGUUCAUUUCUCAUGAUUGCCUUGUGAAUUAGGUUUACUAACCUCAGAAAAGUUCAAUAUUUGCUAAACAGUCCUGAAACUGGUAGAUGGCAGAGUUGAAAUUUAAGCCCAAGAGUGUCUGACUUACUUUAUUUUAGGCUUAUCCUGGGAAGUUUGUGAAAGUGCAUUCUGAAUAAUACUCUGGAGAUCAUAUUUCUUAUGCUGGUGUUUUCAUAUGAUUUGUCAGUAUCACCAAACCAGGCUAGGGUUCUAGUACUCUGCAAAAGAAAAGCAGGAUUACAACUCAAAGAUAAUCCUGGCAAAUUGGAAGAACUAGUAAAUGUAAACAGAGCAGAGCUCA